AUGGUAGUGCAUCGUUAAUAAAGAUUGCUUCUUACGCAAUACAAGCAAAUGAAUUCAAUAAUAUAAAACUAGAUUAGUUAACCCUUCAAGCACUGACGUUACCAUAUGGUAACAGAGAGAAGACAGUUUUCUACCGCCAAAUAAAUAUUGAAAUUACAUCUUAAAAAUUUAGAUGGCGCUAGGAUAGUUAUCUUCAUGCAUCGAACUACGUAUAUUUUGAUGUUUCAUGCACAGUUGGGACUUUCAAUCCGUCAGAUAAAGUGUUGAACGAUCGUUUCUUUUCACCCGGCAGAAAAAUGGAUAUCCGCUUCACUGGAGGAUUAACCCUCGAGGAAGCUUUGGAACUGGCCUAUUCAGAGGAAAAUGACGUAUCAGAUAUAUAUAUCACCCCACCUGAACCUCAUGUACUAACUGAUGAAGAUUCAGGAGAUGAAUCAGAGCUAAUACCUGAUCAUUUCACUGGAAGACAAUUGCGAUCUGAAGCAGAAGUAUUAUUUAGAAAUGGUGAUCAUGUUACAGAAAGUGUUAUGUAUGACACAUCAGAUUUCUUUCAAGAGAAUGAGAGAGUUAGAAAUGACAAUAUUGGAAACGCUGACAAUGCCAAUGCUGACGUGGUGAAUACUGAAAAUUCAUUUCUUUAUGAAAAUUGCAAUACACAUGAUAUCGAAUGGAUCAGAGGGGACAUGACUAGUAUCCAAAACGUCUUUCCUAGCAGCGAUUAUUCUAAAUAUAAAAAUAUGUCAGCUACUGAAUUAUUCGAGCUAUUUUUCGAUGAUUCAGUCACCUCUUUGUUGCUUCAAGAAAUACAGAGAUAUGCUUUGUUUAUGAACUUUCCUGACCCCAAAGUGACACUUGCUGAACUGAAAUGCUUUAUUGGUAUAUUGAUUGUGAGUGGGUAUAAUGAGUUGCCUGGAAAAAAUACUACUGGGUUUCUGAAAACGAUAUGAAGAAUUUGGCUAUCAGUAACGCGAUGAGGCGAGAUCGUUUUUUUUAAAUAAUGCGAUUUCUGCAUUGUUCUGAUAACACGCAGAUAAAUAAGGAAGAUAAGUUAUGGAAACUCAGACCAAUGAUUGAGAGGAUAAAAAAAAUUGUUUACAGAAUUUUGUACCCGAACAACAUAUUGAUUAUGACGAAUCAAUGAUAAAAUAUUAUGGGAACCAUGGGUGCAAACAAUUUAUACGUGGUAAGCCCAUACGAUUCGGCUACAAAGUUUGGAGUAUGAAUACAAAAGAGGGUUACCUCAUAAAUUUCGAGGUAUAUCAAGGUAAAAGAUUCGUUGGAAACGAGAAAGAUGAGCGAGCUUUUGGAAAGGCGGCUGCUCCGUUUGUUGCUAUGUUACGAGACUUACCUCAUAAAAAUCUACCCUAUAAAUUCUACCUAGAUAAUAUUUUCUCAAGCAUACAGCUUUUCAAUUUUUCACGAAUAAAUGGAUAUUCUGGAACGGGCACCAUAAGAGACAACCGGAUUCCAAAACAGUGUCCUCUCAAAUCGAAGGCAAAACUGAAAAAAGCACCGAGAGGAACAUUUGAUCACUGUAUUGCUAAAGAUGUUGGUAUCAUUUUAGCUAGAUGGGUAGACAACAGUAUAGUUACAGCCGCUUCCACUUCAUAUGGAGUACAACCAACAUGUAAUGUAAAACGUUAUUCUCAGAGUGAUAAGAAGGUGAUAGAGGUACCAAGACCUAAUCUUAUUGGUCAGUAUAAUAAUUUCAUGGGGGGAACAGACCAAAUGGAUGAGAAUUUGGGAAGAUACAGAAUAUCAAUUCGCGGAAAGAAGUGGUGGUGGUGUAUAUUCACUUGGAUGAUUGACGUGGCGAUAAUCAAUGCAUGGAUUUUACGUAGAAAAUCGAUGGGUGUACAUUCGGAACAAUUAUCAUUCCGUAGAGAUAUUGCUCAAACAUAUCUGCAUAAAUAUGGCGUGAUGCCAAAAGUUGGUGGACGUCCUCCUACUGAUAGAAACAGCAUUUCAUGCAAUAGAGUGGCUGAUGAUGUAAGAUACGAUGAAAUGAAUCAUCUUCUGGUCCAUACCCCUAAUAAAAAAGGCGGCGUUAUGCAGGCGAAGGCUAUAAUUCCAGUGUGAGAACCAUGUGUAGCAAAUGCAAUGUAGGUUUGUGCAUUGAUUGCAAUCAGAUAUUCCACACACUAUGAACAUAGAUGUACACUGGAAAAGUUACUCUAAAUUCGUAUUUACUUCUUUAUUUUUGUGAAUUGAAAACUAUUUAGCUCAUUAAAAGUGUUGUAGUCAUUUUUAUACCUCACCUUCCAUGAAAGUACUAGCGUUACCAUAUGGUAACGUCUCAUAUCUCCCACCGGAAAAUAAUUCUGUCGAAAGUUUUGUAUAAU